AUGGAUUUGGUUGAGUCCAGCUGCUUGGGCAUGUAUCUUCUCGUGGAAGGCACCACUAUGCUGCAUGAUAUGGACAUCUUUUUGAUUUCAUGGUACACACCCAUUUUACUUGAAGCCUACAAGUUCUGGUUCUAUGCUAUCUGUGUGGCUAUUGCUAGAACUGUCUCGGAUCUCUUCCUUGGCCCUGUGGCACCUGGUACUCAGAAUGGCUCUACGAAUGAAAAAGAGAAAGAGAAGGAACCUUCUCCCUCCUCAUCCUCGAAACCGUCUUCUUCGACUGCAUCUCUCUUGAACCGAUUGGUGAUUGACAGCUUGGACUUGAUUAUUCCUGGGUCUUUACUGGGAUGGAUCCCGGUGAGCAACUGGACAGUUGCCCUUGCUAUGUUAACGAGCACCAUACUUGUCUGGCCCACCGCUUGGGCAAAAGCGCAAAACUAA